AUGAAGUAUGUGUUUAUUUCUGGAGGAGUUAUUUCUGGAGUUGGGAAGGGAGCAGUAAGCAGCGGUGUAGGAGUAAUUUUGAGAGCAAGAGGAUAUAAUGUAACGCACAUGAAGAUUGACUUGCAUAUGAACUGCAAUUUAGAUUCGAAGGAGAUAUGUGAGCAUGGGGAAAUACGCAUAUUUGAGGAUGCACACGAGUGUGACAUGGACUUUGGAAUAUUCAUUAGAUUUGGAGCAGUGGGAUUGAAGCGGGAGAGUGGAAUGUGGAGCGAUGGAAUGCCAAAUGAUUUAACAAGUAGAAGAGAUCCACGAAUGGAAAGAAUUCCAUAUCUAGAUCCCAGUGUAAUUAAUGGAGCAGUUAGACGAAUAAUUAAGACUGGGCAAAAAGAGAUGGAUGAUCUAUUGGGAGGAAAGAAGAAUGCUGAGGUUGUGGUAGUUGAACUUGGGGGAUCUAUUGCAGAAAGCGAUUCACAUGUGUAUCUGGAGAUAUUCUCAAAGCUACAGAUGAAUGUUGGAAAGGAAAACUGUAUGAUUGUGGGUGUUGAGCGUAUAAUAGAGUUUGGGAUUGACCAUUAUGAUUUAGAAAAGAUUGCGAUGGGAGCCAUGAGAUUGGAAGAUCAUGGAUUGAAAUAUGAUGUGUUGGUGUGCAGGGGAAGCAAAGAAAUUGAUGGUGACUUUAUAAAGAGGAUUGAGGAGCAUUGUAUGAUUGCGAGUGGAAAUGUAUACAACCUACCUGACAUGGAAAGUGUGUAUCAUUUGCCAGGAUAUUUUGAGAUGAGUGGACUUGGUGAGAAGAUUGCAUGUGUACUUGGGAUUGAGAACAGAGGAGUAAGGGCUGAAAUGAUGAAUGCGAUUGAAAAGAUCGGAAGGGCCAAAGUAAACACGGUUAAAAUUGGAUUAGUUGCAAGAGGGGUGUGUGUUUUUGAUAACUAUGCUUCGGUUGUUCAUGCUCUUCAUUUUUCAGCAGGAUUGCUUGGUGUGAGAGCUGAGGUGGUGUGGAUUGAUGCAGAAGGAAUUGAAAAGGGCAUUGAAUAUGAAGAUAUUAGUGGAUGCGAUGGAAUUGUGAUACCUGGCGGAUUUGGACCAAGAGGUGUGGAAGGAAAGAUCAAAGCGAUUGAGUAUGCACGAAUGAACAAGAUCCCAUUGCUUGGAAUAUGUCUUGGAUAUCAGCUCGCUGUAAUUGAGAUGUGUAGAAACAUCCUUGGGAUUAUGAAUGCAAACUCUGAAGAAUUUGUUGGGAAAGGAGGAGAUUUAGUAAUAAGGCUCAUUGAAGAUGAAAAUGGGAAAAGAGAUGGGAUGCUAAGGAUUGGGGGAUAUGAGAUAGCUAUAAUGGAAGGAAGGAUAAAGCAUUUGUAUCAAAGAAGUAGUGUGAGGGAACGGCACAGACACCGAUAUGAAGUUUGCAAAGAGGCAGCAGGAAGACUUGAGAGGGAAGGAAUUAGGUUUGUUGGCAAGAGCUUGAAUGGCAUGAACAUGAAGGCUUUUGAAAUGGAGGAUCAUCCGUUUUUUAUAGGUGUGCAAUACCAUCCGGAGUUGAAUGCAAGACCCGAUGCACCUCAUCCAUUGUUUACGGAACUUAUUUCUACAUGUUAUGAGAUGCAGAAAGGUAGAUGA